CGCUUUCUGACACGGAUGAUAUUACACGACAACACAAUUUGUUUUUACAUGUUUCAUUGAAUAUUUGUGCAGAAACUAAAGAUGUUGUUGAAAGCAAUUAUCCUAAUUGGUGGCCCAAUGAAAGGAACACGGUUCCGUCCCCUUUCCCUAGAGACUCCGAAACCAUUGUUCCCAGUUGCUGGAUUUCCAAUCAUACAUCACCAUGUUGAAGCCUGUGCCAAGGUGAAAGGGCUGAAGGAGGUGAUUCUGAUUGGCUUCUAUCAACCGAAUGAUUCACUCAACAGGUUUAUCACCCAGGCUCAACUGCAGUUCAAGAUACAGAUACGAUACCUCCAAGAGUACACUGCUCUUGGAACAGCCGGGGGUAUUUACCACUUCCGGGAUCAAAUCCUGGCCGGAACACCAGACUAUUUUUUCAUCAUGAACGCCGAUGUUUGUGGGGACUUCCCCCUUGAAGAUAUGCUGGAAUUUCACAGAGUUAAACCCACAGGGACUUUCUGUACCAUCCUAGGAACUGAGGCCACUAGACAACAGUCAUUGAUGUAUGGAUGUAUUGUAGAAAGCAAAGAGACCCAUGAGAUAAUGCACUAUGUGGAAAAGCCAGAAACGUUCAUCAGCACAAUAAUAAACUGCGGCAUCUAUCUGUGUUCACCGACAAUUUUUGAACCUUUGGAGGUUGAGUUUAAGAAAAAUCUUGAGCAGAAUUAUAAUUAUGAACAGGAACAUGUUUCGGGCUCUGAUUACCUGACAGCUCCUUGUAGCGAAAUGAUUCGAAUGGAGCAGGAUAUUUUUGUGCCUCUCGCGUCCUCGGGGAAACUCUAUGUCUACCAAACCAGCAAGUUCUGGAGUCAGAUUAAGUCAGCAGGUGCUGCUAUUUAUGCCAAUCGACAUUACCUUCACCUAUACAAGAAAUCCCAUCCAGAAAGAUUGGCUAAGAAUGGUCCCGGCAAACCCCAGGUCAUUGGCGAUGUUUACAUCCAUCCAAGCGCUCAGGUUGAUGAAACAGCUGUGCUAGGACCUAAUGUGACCAUCAGCAAGAACUGUGUUCUAGGGGAAGGCGUUCGUGUGCGUGAGUCUGUCAUCCUUGAGGGAGCAGUGUUACAGGACCACUGCUGUAUUCUGGACAGCAUUAUCGGGUGGAACACCCAAAUCGGCAACUGGACACGUAUUGAAGGAACUCCAAAUGAUCCAAACCCAAAUAAGCCGUUUGCUAAGCUGGAGGCUAUUCCUACAUUCACCAAUGAUGGGAAGCUUAAUCCAUCUAUUACAGUCAUAGGCUCCGACGUGCAGGUCCCGUCAGAAGUGAUCAUCCUGAAUUCCAUCGUGCUUCCAAACAAAGAACUUAGCGGCUGUUAUAAGAAUCAGAUCAUUCUCUAAUACCUUGACUUUAAUUUGUAUCGUAAUCUCAAGAAAUUACCUGUAUGAAAAGUGAAGAACUCGCCAACAUCUUUAAAGCUGCACUAUCACAGAUUGACUGAUUUGACAACUUUUUUAAUUUAUUUUAUCAGAAUCAGCUGAUUUGGGCAUCAAUUCUUUCAAUUUAGUCAUACAAGAUAACUCACAAUAGAACAAGUCUUAAUUGUUUAGAAAACUCCUGAAAAUUUCAUUUUUCUUAAAGCAUUAGUAACGCUUUUAGCCAAAACAUCAAUUUUCGAAUUUGAAUAUUAAAAAUGCAAUCUGUUUUUUUAUCAUCAGUCUUAUAUCACCGUUUUUCAAACAUAUGUGCAAAAUUUGGCUCAUUUAAAGACAAAAAAAUAAAAAGUUGUCAAAAUGGUCAAUCUCUGUCAGAGACAGCAGCUUUAAAGAAUCAAAUCCUACACUUAUACCUUGAUGAUUAUAUCGUAUUCUCAAGAAUUCACUUGUGAUCAAUGGGUAGAUUUGUUGGCUCUUUGUCAAAGAUUUUGUUAGCUCUUUGUCAAAGAUUUGUUUGCUCUUUGUCAAAGAUUUGUUAGCUCUUUGUCAAAGAUUUGUUGGCUCUUUGUCCUAGAUUUGAAGCAAAUAAGAUUUAAUCACAGAAGGCAGUAUAAGUAAGAGAUGCUGAUUUUUUUUUUAAUAGUUGUAUACAGUCGAAACUCGCUUUGUUGAACUCUGUUAUCUCGAUGUUCUGGUUACAUCAAACUUUUUUGGAAUAUUUUGGGUUCAAUUAGACAUGUUUUGUUUUUCUGUUAUAUCGAGUGUUCAUUAUCUCUUAGUAUUUUCUGAGGUCCCAUUGACUUUGACAUGAGUUUUGACUGUAAUAUUUUUAUAUCUUUAUCUUGACCGAUCAUGAAACUUACAUAUUUGAUAGCGCAGCCGUUGUGUUCUCAUACAUGUACACGAGUUUGUGUACAAAAAUUCCGCAUGUGCAUUUUUCUGAACUAAGUCUGAACAUGUAAUAAGCUGAAAACAGAAAUAAUAAGUGAUCAUUUUUUUAAAAAUGUUUAUAGAUGACAGAUUACAUGAAUGUGUGUUUAAAUCAUUUCCGACGAGGGUUUAAAUGUAUAAUUUAUUUUGUUACGUUUAAUGGAUAAGUUUUCAUAUAUUUAUGUUGCAUGGCUGUAUUUCAAGAAUAAUUGUUAACUAUUGCAUUGUGAAAUGUUUGAGAGGAGUAUUGUACACAAUCAUGUCAUUGACUGUGAAGAACUGUGUGGGAUUAUAAAGGGACUCAUUCAGAGAUUUUAUGUUUUUGUAAUGAUUUUGUGUUGACUUUAUUUAAAUUGAGGGCAUUUUGCUUCUUUUAUGAAUAAACAUCAAACAGCAACUACAAAGCAACUGUGGCAGAUUACUUGUUUAAACAAAGCUUCAGUAAGUCCAGUCUGAAAAUGAAGCUUUUCACCAAAAUCUGUGACCAAUAAUACAAUCCUACUCCCAGCCAAAAUAUAGCAUUUUGCAACAUUUUUUAAGAAAUAUAACAAUAAAGCUUUAUUUUGAUUGAAGCUUAUUUUCAAAUUUCACUAAAACAAAGUAAUUAAAUGUCUUACCCAAUAAAACAUAAACAAGUCCCUUUGAGUGUAUUGCCAAAUGUAAUAAUUGAAUGAUAUUGGUUUGUAUGUUAUUGUAUAAGACCAUAUAUUGCCUUCCUUAGGGAUACUUUUAAUAGUCUUUAGAUUUCCUGACCACUGGAAAGAUAUUCCAUUACUAAUACAUGUAUAGCCUGUAGGAUGAUUUUGAUCUUUAUAUUAUUUAUCUGCUGUCUUGUUAAGGAAUAAAAUAAUGGUGUCUUCAAGUUUGUCGAUAGAAAUAUAUUAUUUUACAAUUUGCUGAAAAUAUGUUUUAUUUUAGGAAAGCAUAAUAAUAAUUCUGUUAAUACUUUUUUAUUGUUUUUUUUACGAUAAUGACAAGUUCUGCAAUGGUUAUUUUUAUAACUGUACACGAGUCUUUGAACUUCCUUAACAUUUUUAUUUAUUUAAACUGACAUAAUUAUAUAAGCCUACCCCACACCUAAUGAAAAUUGCAUAAUAAUCAGCAUGUGCACACUUGUGUACGCAGCAUGCUCAAACUUAUGUGGCUAGAGGUGUUCAUUUUCUGUCCCAAAUUUAAGUCACUUUUGUUGUGCCCCUGAAGGGACGAAUAAAGAAAUCACUCCUUCCGUCUGUUUUCUUCCGUACAACUUUUGACCAGUCACUUUUUCAACUGUAUUCCAAUUUUUAUCCAACUUCCAAGAAAUGUACAGGAGCAUUGGAAGAUGAUGUGCAGAACAUUGUGCUCUCCCCCAGAGGUCAAGCUCAAGGUCAAUUGGCUAUCAACCCUACAUGGCCAAAUUGUUGGCAUUUGCCACAUUCCUGUUAUAGCUUUUGUUCAAAUAACUUAAAUUGAGAGACCUUUCUUGUUAAUGAACAUUUCUAUUUUCUGAUUGUUUAUUCUAAUAUAUACCAUGUGUAUUUAUUUGUUUCUUUAUUAAGUGGGUUAUAAAUAAAUGUCAGAAAGAUAACUAAAUGUCUCAUUAUCUGUAU